CUUCAAUCUUAUUUUAUUUUUUUUAAGUGGUUCUGGACAGAUUUUCGUUCCGUUCACAAAUUUCCUGCAUCUCGUGCAACUGAAAUACUCACAGGAGGUGCAUUCUUAUCAUCAUCUUACCGAACUUCCCACACACCUCAUAUCCAUAAUAUCACAACAUGUCUGACGAACAAAAGCCCGUCGCCCAGCCCAAUGCUGAGGCUGAGAAGGAUGUCCAGAAUGUUCUGGCCGAGUUGAAGGGUGAGAGCAUCGAGGCCGCCGCUCCUGCUGCUGCCGUCGAGGAGACGAAGCAGACCGACGAGGCUGCCGAGGAGGCCCGUAUCGUGGAGGCGGCCGCCAAGCUGGGCGAGAAGUCCGCCCAGGCCGAGGAGCAAAAGCAGGAGACCAAGAAGCAAGAGCAGCAGCAGCAGGGUCGCGGAGGCCGCACCAACUACCGCAACAACGUCAAGUUCGACCCCUCCAGCCAGGAGGUGACCAGCGACCCCGUGCAGAUCCGCAAGCAGGUCGAAUUCUACUUCUCCGACUCCAACCUCCCCAUGGACAAGUUCCUGCUCUCCAAGGUCGGUGGUAGCAGCAACCGGCCCGUCUCCCUCGAGCUCCUCCACUCCUUCAAGCGCAUGCGCCGCUUCCAGCCCUUCAGCGCCAUCGUCGAGGCCAUCAAGACGUCCGAGACCGUCGAGCUCACCGACAACGACACCUGCGUGCGCCGCAAGACCCCCCUGCCCGAGACCGUGACCGAGAACCACAACCCCACCGUGGUCCGCGUGUUCGAGGACAAGGCCAUGAGCCGCAGCGUCUACGCCAAGGGCUUCGGCGAGGAGGGCCCCACCACUCAGCUCGAGAUCGAGGAGUUCUUCGCCCCCUACGGCCCCGUCAACGCCAUCCGUCUCCGUCGCUCCUACGACAAGACCUUCAAGGGCAGCGUCUUCGUCGAGUUCGAGUCCGAGGAGAAGCAGCAGGCCUUCCUCGCCCUGGACCCCAAGCCCAAGUGGAAGGACCAGGACCUGCUCAUCAAGAGCAAGAAGGACUACUGCGAGGAGAAGGCCCGCGAGAUCGAGGCCGGCCGCAUCAAGCCCAGCGGCGGCCGGGGACGUGGUGGUCACCACCGUGGUGGCCGUGGCCGCGGCGGCAACCGUGGCGGUCGCGGCGACAACAAGCGCGGCGACUGGAGGGAUCGUCGUGCCGCUGACCAGAAGAACGGAUUCAGCGACAAGAAGGAGGAGCCCAAGGAGGAGCGUAAGGAGAUUCAGAAAGACGCCCGGGGCGUCCCCGUUGUCCAGAGCACUACCGACGAGUCCGCCGGUCAGAAGCGCGCCCGUGAGGAGGACGGUGCCAAUGGCGACCACCCCGCCAAGAAGGUGGAUGCCAAGCAGGAGUAAAGACUUGCAG